AUAUUUCGUCAGACGUAUUUUUUGCCAGAGACAGAAACAAUUCUGACUGUUUCACUUUGAUAAUUUAUGCACAGAGCCGACUUCAAGUGAUUUGCUAUGUCAAUAAGUGAGUUAUGGACUCGAGUUACGGACUCGAUCUCCAAAGCAAGCAUCCAGCCUGUUAGAGUUGAGCAUCAAGUUGAACAAGUUCCACCUUCGAGGAUGAGCGAGUUCACAUCUCUGUUGAUCAGACUGGCACUGUCAGCUGGGCUGUCUCUCGUGUUGGGUAAAAUUCUGCUUGAUAUGAUGGACCCCACAAGGAAGCAAAAGAAGGAGGCAGAGAAGAGGGCUAAAGAAUUGAUGAAAAGAAUUGGUGUAACUAAUGUAAAGUUGACAGAAUAUGAGCUUUGCUUUGCGGCUGACUUGAUUGAACCAGAGAGCCUUGAUGUAUCGUGGAGUGACAUUGGGGGCCUAGAUGAUGUGGUCAGAUCAAUCCAAGAAACAGUCAUUUUCCCAUUCAAAAGACGAGAUUUGUUUAAAGAUUCAUAUUUAAUCCAACCACCAAAGGGCCUUUUGUUACAUGGACCUCCUGGGUGUGGUAAAACAAUGGUUGCCAAAGCAAUUGCAAAAGAUGCAGGAGCCAGAUUUAUUAAUUUCAAAAUUUCAUCAAUGGUGGAUAAAUGGUAUGGAGAAUCACAAAAAAGAGCAGAGGCAGUCUUCUCAUUGGCUAUGAAAUUGCAGCCAGCAAUUAUAUUUAUAGAUGAAAUAGAUUCCUUUUUGCGGUCCAGAAGUUCCCAGGACCACGAAGCCACCGCGAUGAUCAAGGCUCAGUUUAUGAGUAUGUGGGACGGCAUUAUUACAGACCCUAAAUGUCAGGUCAUGAUCAUUGCAGCAACAAAUCGUCCCAGUGACAUCGACCCAGCCAUUCUUAGAAGAUUACCUUGCCAAUUUAGCAUUAAAAAACCAGAAAAACUUCAACGAAUCAACAUAUUAAAACUUGUGCUGUUAUUAGAAGACACAGAGGAUUUAGAUUAUGAACAAUUAGGAGAAGAAACUAUGGGAAUGACAGGAAGUGACCUAAAGGAAGUUUGUAGGGUAGCAUCAACCAAUCGAAUCAGAGAGUUAAUCCAGGACAACCAAUCGGAUAAUAUCUAUAAAGUGAAAAUAGACAGACUAAGACCUGUAAUGAUGAAGGAUAUGGCGGUUGCUAUUGAAAAGGUUUCAAAGUCCAAGUCGGAAGUGUUCACAAGUUUUUCUGGGUUUCAAAUGGACUGAAGAUUGUUAAUAAAAAUGGAAACUGAUUAAAAUGUGUCUUUGAUUAGCCAAUGACAAUUUGUA